CUGACCGUUUUUAUUCGCAUUUGAACACUCGCGCCGAACGGUCGAGCCAGCCACGUGUGGUGUUUCUCGCUCAAGAACUCUCUCAAGUCGUGUAUCUUUCUUUAUCAUUAUCACCCGGUGUAUUUCCUCUUUGGGCUAUCGGAGUUUCAGUCCUUCGGAAUCGUCACUCGUGGGGAUCCCUAAUCGUACAGUUUCCGGCACAUCUCGGAUGGACAUCGUAGAGUACCAUUUCAUGAUCGUCAUUUGCCUCUAGGUUUCCGCGGAUCUGAUGGUUUAGUUUGAGUUGAUUUUUUGUUUCGGUUAUCGGUGCCAAGCGGAUUUCGGCGAAAGUUAAGAACUUAUCGGUGACACAACAGACUGAUCAGUUACCCACAUCAGUGCUCUUCAGGUGGUUGGGAUACCGGAAAUUCCAGUUUUUAUCAGAUUGUCACCUUUCCCGAAACCGGUUCAACAAAAAUGUCAACAAGCGACGCCCCCCAGGCGACAGCGACGGCGACGUCAGCCGCUGAGGAAACCAGCAAACCACCAAGUGCAGAUCCAGUGUCGGAUAGCGAUAAGACAUCCCCCAAGCAUGGUGCUACCCCACGAUCGCCCGAUCAGAUCCGGGAGGCCAGCUGGCCCUCGGUACUGUUCUACAUCCACCUCAACAUCCUCGGAAUCUACGGCAUUCUGGUGCUUUUUUCUCAUACCUCAGCGAUCACAUUUGUCUUCACAUCAUUCUUAACUUUAUGUGGAAUAUUGGGCGUCACUGCCGGGGCUCAUAGACUAUGGGCUCAUAAAGCGUACCAGGCGUCGCCCAUGUUGAGAUUUAUCUUGAUGCUGUGUCAAACUAUGGCAGGACAGGGAUCAAUCUACGAAUGGGUCCGACUGCACCGGCUACACCACGAGGUAUUCCGCACGGCAGACGAUCCCUACUACAGCGAUAAGGACUUCCUGCACGCCCAGGUGUUUGCCAACAUCCGGAAGCUUAGCCCGAAACAGGAAAAACUUCUCGACAAGGUGGACAUGCGUGAUCUGGAAUCAGACGGUAUCGUUAUGUUCCAGAAGCGAUUCUACUGGCUGCUCUAUCCGAUUUUGUUUGUCCUGCUGCCGAUCAAUGCGCCCCUCGAGUAUUGGGGCGACACCGUCCAGGCAGCCAUCUUCGUGGCCUUCUCUCUGCGCUAUCUGAUCGUGCUGAACGUUUCCUGGCUCAUCAACUCGGCACACUUCGUCUGGGGUUUGGACAAGAACCACAAGCAGAGCGAUUCCAAUAUGGUGUUUGUGGUGACCAAGAGCUACUGGCCCCAGUACCACUAUUUGCUGCCAUUCGACUAUCAAAGCGGCGAAUUCGGAAGCUACGGCACUGGUUGUACCACGGCUUUCAUUCGGAUCUUCGCUGCCAUGGGCAUGGCCACCAAACUGCAAACGAUGACGACGGAAGCGGUCAAGAAGGGUCUUACGAUGGCCGUUGAUACGGGUCGUCCGAUUGUCGAGUGCCUGAAACAGGCCGGUGCCGAGGAAAUGUGCAAUAUGCAACGGGAACACUACCUAAACAAUGAGAGGCUCCACUGAUUAGCGUAAAAACAGCCAAAGCGACCCAGCUACGGAGGGUUGAGGACUUCAGAAGGUGGAGCCUUACAAAUGUGCAAAUGAUUAAUUUAUUUGAUAUUUUUAUGAAUGUUCAUUUUGUAAUAAAAUCCUGUGGAAAAUA